AUGUCUUCGGGCCGGAUCACCGCCACCUCCGCCGCCGCCUCCGAGACGCCGCCGCCUCCUCCGCUCGCCGCGAAUCGCUGCCGCACUCCCACGGGCGCCGCGGCGCUCCGGCAGAUGUCGCCGGCGCCGCCCCUCCUCUCGCAGCAGGAGCUGUCGACGGCCAUCCGCGACCUCGCCACCGCCGUCCGUGGCAUCCGCUCGUACCUCAUCGGUACGCGAGGGGAUGACUACGCCGGUCCUGUCGCCACCCUCGCCGCAUACCCGGCCGCGCCGACAGCCCUCCCCGGCCAGGGAGCGCCCACUCCGCCCCCGGCCUCACCGCCGCCACCAUGGGCGUCUCCGGCCGCCGGCCCCAGCCCGGGCCCCGCCUCGCUGCCCCGGGGUGCCCAUCCGGCUGGUCCGGUUCCCGCCAUCGCCCUCCCGACUCCCGGCAUGGGUGACCGCGACGGAGCCCCCGCCGAUCCACUCGGCCGCACCGGCGCCAUCCCCCGUCUACACCACCGCCGGGGACCCUCCGCGCCCGUCCUUCCCGGACCCGCCGCCCGCCCGCCGCCGAGCCGUCCGCUGGUCGCGCGGAGUACCCCCGCCCGAGGGCACCACCGGCCUCGCUCCCCCACGCUCGCCAGGCUGGAAUUCGCCACAUACGACGGCGUCGAGACCCCCUCAAUCGGCUCAACCAGUGCGAGCAGCUUCUUCCGGGGACAGCGUACCACGCCGGACCGGACGUGGCUCGCCUCGUACCACCUCCGCGGCGCCGCCCGGACGUGGUACUACUCCCUGGAGCAGGACGAGGGUGGCAUGCCUCCAUGGGACCGGUUCCGACUUCGCCGACCGCUUCAAGCCCUCGCAUGCCAUGCGCCCGGCGUGACGGGCCAACAGCGUGCCGGGCUCUUCAUUGGCGGCCUCCCGGACCAUAUCCGCGUGGAUGUCGAGCUACGGGCCCCGCGGGACCUCCGGACGGCGAUGCACUACGCGCGCGCUUAUGAGCGUCGCGCCCGAGCGGUUCAGCAGACGCCUCUGGCCCGCGGCACCCGCGCCGCCCGUCCUCCUCCUCCCGGCCGCGCCGCCACCCGCCCCGCCCCACCUGGACUGGCUGGCCUCGCCUCGCAGCUACACGCACGUUCGCCGCCUCACCCGGCGGGAGCAGCUUCGAACGCCGCCGCUCGGGACUCUGCUUCAAUCUGCGACGACCCAUACACGCCGGACACGUGUGCCCUCGCCUCUUCUACCUGGAGACCGUCGACGUAG